GGGGCGCCGAGUCCAUUCCCAGGGAGCAGCGGGCGAGGCGCUACCGACCGCGGAAGACUACAAGCCCCAGCGGGCGUCUACUCGACGUGCCUGGGAACACUGGCCCCGCGAAAAGGCAAUCCUCCACGGGUCAAGAUGGUUGCGUCGGGGGCGGAAGCGGAGGUGAGCAGGCGCUAGGGCCGCGCGUCCCCACCGGCGCUUCGUCUGGCGCCCUGCUGGCCGCGCAGAAGGCGCUCGCCUGCCUAGCCGGCAAAUGCGUGAAGAUUUUUCUAGCUGUGGCGACGGGGAUGUCCCGAUAGAACCUCUGCCCGUUAGGCAACUCCGGCCUUUCCCGCCCUGACCUGGAACCUCUGGGAGGGCUGCAGAGUAAGUGCAGCCUCUGCGCUCCGACGGAGGCACGAGGCCGGUGGAGUAGGUCCCUCUGUUCCGACAGGUGCGACACUGGGCGCUCCAUGCCUGCGGGCGCGGGGAGGCAUGGCCUCCCCCAGGGCCGCCGCCUCUGCUGGUUGCUCUGUGCUUUCACCUUAAAGCUCUGCCAAGCAGAGGCUCCAGUGCUGGAGGAGAAGCUGUCAGUGAGCACCUCAAAUUUGCCAUGCUGGCUGGUGGGAGAGUUUGUGGUGUCAGAAGAGUGCUCUCCAUGCUCUAGUUUCCAGGCUAAAACCACCCCCGAGUGUGGUCCCACAGGGUACGUGGAGAAAAUCACAUGCAGCUCAUCUAAGAGAAAUGAGUUCAAAAGCUGCCGCUCAGCUCUGAUGGAACAACGCUUGUUUUGGAAGUUCGAAGGGGCUGUUGUGUGUGUGGCCCUGAUCUUCGCUUGUCUUGUCAUCAUUCGUCAGCGACAGCUGGACAGAAAAGCUCUGGAAAAGGUCCGGAAGCAGAUCGAGUCCAUAUAGCUACAUUAUACCCUUUUAUCCUGGGUCUUAGAGACCUGAUCUCAGACAGUGAAAGUGAAAUGGACUGAUGUGAAAGUGAAAUGGACUGAUGUGCACCCUUGGUUCUUUGAAGCCUUGUGAUGAUAGCCCCUUUUCCCCAUCUUCUUCCAGAUCAUUAAUGAGCAGAAUAAAAAGAAUAAAAUAGU